AUCUCUCCCUCCCUUCUCCCUUUCUCACUCUCUCCAUCUGUCAGUCAUCUCGCAGCUACCCAGAAUACAGGGAGUCAGACAGAGUGGAUGACAACCAUUUACAUCCACACACAGGGCUGGGAGUCAGAUACACCCCACCAUAGAGAGAUUACGGAAACAUCUGUCUCUGUGAGAGUGCCAUCCAUGCAGAGAGAGGACAGACUGGGACUGCUGCAGGUAGAGGGGUGACUUACCACGUGGCUGAGCCUGGGGGUGAAGUACUAAGAGCACCAAGAAAGUCUGCAUUUAUCUGACCCUACGCAGAAUUUAUUUUCCUACAAGAGGUGAUCCAGUUAUCUGAAACUACCUGUUAUAAUGAACCUCAUUCCACUGUCUCUCGUCUUCAUCUUUUUUGGGGGAUCCCUCUCCGCUCCUCCCUCCACUACCCAGCCUAAGUGUCCACAAGCGGAAGACGUCCAAGCCCUGCUGAAACGCCUGAUCAUUUUAGAAAAGUUGGUAAGGGACAUAAAGGGACAGUGCACAACACCUUGUUGUGGUAAGGCCCAAAGUGAUGCAGAUAACCCGGCCAAUGUCAAGUCCCCCGCAUGUAACCAGGAAAACAAUGAUUGCCCCGGCGGGUGCGGUGGUGACGAUCGAGGUACCUGUGUGAAUGGAGAGUGCCAGUGUAAAGACGGCUACAUGGGUGACAGAUGCCAGCUAUUGACAUGCCCCGAGGACUGCAAUGACCAAGGCCACUGUGUAAAAGGAACCUGCAUCUGCUUUAAAGGGUACUUUGGUGUAUCUUGUGGUUCCAAAGGAUGCCCCAAAAACUGCCAAAAUCGUGGGCGCUGUGAAGAUGGCCUUUGUGUUUGCGAUCCUGGAUUUACUGGAGAAGACUGCAGUUCUAGAACUUGCCCCAAAAACUGCAUGAACCAAGGGAAAUGUGAAGGUGGUGUCUGUGUCUGCUUCUCAGGAUUUACCGGUCCUGACUGUGGCACUAAAGCCUGCCCCAGGAACUGCCUAAACAGGGGCAAGUGCGAAAAUGGAGUUUGUGCCUGCCGUCCGGGUUUUUCUGGGGUGGAUUGUGGUUCCAGAAGCUGUCCCAAUAAUUGUCAAGGCCGUGGAGACUGUGAGGAUGGUGUUUGUGUUUGUGACACGGGAUUUACUGGGGUGGACUGCGGUUCUAGAUCCUGCCUCAAUGACUGUAACAGAAACGGGGAAUGUGAGGAUGGAGUCUGCGUUUGUCAUGUCGGGUUUUAUGGGGAGGACUGUGGAUAUAAAGCCUGUCCUGAUGACUGCAACGAGCAGGGUCAGUGCAUUGCGGGCAAGUGCGUGUGUGACCCUGGGUUUGUUGGGUUGGACUGUGGAAUCAGAAUCUGCUCUCCAGAGUGUGAGAGACGUGGCCGAUGUGAGGAUGGAGAGUGCAUCUGUGAUCCAGGGUUCUCCGGCCCUGACUGUGAGAUCAGGACUUGCCCGAAUGACUGCCACAACCAGGGGCGAUGUGAUGACGGGAAAUGCGUCUGUAAUCUUGGAUACACGGGGCUGGAUUGCAAGUCAAGAACCUGCCCCAACAAUUGUCAGAACCGGGGCCAGUGUGUAGACGGGACAUGCAUUUGUAACGCUGGCUUUUCUGGGCCAGAUUGUGGCACUAAAGCCUGCCCAAAGAACUGCAGUGGAAAUGGCCAGUGCGUGAAUGGCAAGUGCAUUUGUAAUUCUGGAUUUUCUGGCCCAGUUUGUGGCAUCAGGACCUGCCCAGCUGGGUGUACAAGUCAUGGACGUUGUUUGAGGGGCACCUGCGUCUGUUCCCCUGGCUAUACAGGAGUGGAUUGCAGUAUCAGAACAUGCCCCAAAAACUGCCAUAAUCGAGGCAGCUGUGAAGGUGGAGUAUGCUUUUGUGACUCCGGAUUUACUGGUCUAGACUGUGGCACUAAAACCUGCCCCAGUGACUGCUUCGAUAGGGGCCAUUGUGAAGAUGGAGUGUGCGUGUGUGAUUACGGAUUUACUGGCCACGACUGUGGCUCUAGAACAUGCCCCAAUGACUGCAACAAUCGGGGUCAGUGCGAAGAUGGUGUCUGUGUCUGUAAUUCGGGAUAUACAGGGCAGGAUUGUGUAUCUAGAACAUGCCCCAGGGACUGUCAUAAUCGGGGCCAGUGUGAAGACGGGGUCUGUGCCUGUGAAUUUGGGUAUACUGGUAUUGACUGUGGCUCUAGAACCUGCCCCAAAGACUGCAACAACCGCGGCCGGUGUGAAGAUGGACAGUGUAUUUGUGCUCCUGGCUACACCGAUGAUGACUGUGGAACCAGAACCUGUCCAGACAAUUGCAAUGAUAAUGGCAGAUGUGAUGACGGGAAGUGUAUCUGUGAUGCUGGCUACACUGGUCUUGACUGUGGAUCAAAAACGUGUCCCAAUGACUGCAACAACAGGGGACAGUGCGAAGAUGGGAUAUGCCAAUGUAAUGCGGGGUACACUGAUAUAGACUGCGGACUCAAGACAUGUCCUAACGACUGCCAGAACAGAGGCCAGUGUGAUGAUGGCGUGUGUGUUUGUGAUUCUGGGUACUCUGGCCAAGACUGUGGCUCUAGAACCUGUCCAGAGAACUGUAAUGACCGUGGAAGGUGCGAUGACGGGAAGUGUAUCUGUGACUCCGGAUUUGCAGGAGUGGACUGUGGAUCUAGAUCUUGUCCAGACAACUGUCAUGUCCAUGGCAGGUGCCAAGAGGGAGUCUGCAUCUGUAAUCCUGGGUAUACAGGACCUGAUUGCGGGUCCAAAGCUUGCCCCAAAAACUGUAACAACAAUGGGCAGUGCGUGAAUGGGAAAUGCAUCUGCAACACUGGUUUUGGCGGGCCGGUCUGCGGAGCUAAAAUCUGUCCAGGGAAUUGCAGCGGACAAGGAAAGUGCACAAAUGGGGUCUGCGUAUGUAAGAAAGGGUACAGCGGUCCUGACUGCGCAGUUGACGACACAGAAGUCACAGAAGUCUCAGCAGUCAGCGGCCUACGUGUGACAUCCCAUGAAGAGUCCACAGUCACUCUGGAGUGGGACCAGCCUCAGAUGCCUCCAGAUUCAUAUGACAUCACUUUCAAAGUUAAGAAGGAGAAUGGCGUGAUAAGCACCACAAUCAGCGGCUCCCUGGUCACAUACCACCAGACUGGCCUGGCUCCAGGAGAAGAGUAUCAUGUGACCAUCCAGCCUCGCAAGGGCUCAACGCUUGCACCCGAGACAUCUAUAACUGCUACAACAAGGAUUGAGACGCCACGUGGCUUCCGCAUAACAGAAGUCGCUUAUACUUCUCUAUUACUGCGAUGGGAGAGGCCAAAUUUCCUUCCUGACCGCUACGUUGUCACGCUUGUUCCUCCCAUUGGCAAGGAGAGGAAACUGAGGGUCCCUGGGAAAGGGGACAGGAUCAGGGUGACAGGUCUGGAGGAAGGGACUGAAUAUAGAAUACUCCUGAGAGCAGAGAAAGGACUGGAACAGAGCCAAGAUGCUGAGAUCACUGGAACUACAGCUGGAGAAGAACGAAAACGUCCUGGGGCGGAACACGUGACCCAUGGCUCAGUGGGGACCUCUCACAAUGUUGAUACAUCUGGGAUACUAGAGUCUUCAAUAAAGGAAACUAGAUUUCACCCUACAUUACCUAACACAGACAGAAGUCUUCUGACAAAAGAAAUUAAAGAGAUACUUACAGAAGACCCGAAGGGGAGUAGUGUUAUACACACAACAAAAAACAUUAAAACUAUCAUCACUACCAUAUAUGAAACACAUCACCGGGAAGAUGGGAGCAUGGUAGAUGUUUACCGUAAAACGGAGGAUUCAGAAUAUCCGUCAACCAAACCACCACAUGGCCAAGACAAGUUGGCGGUGGACAAUGUGAGGAUAGAGGGUGCUUUGGAAAAUGUAAGAGAAUUUGAUAGGCGGGACAAAUUACCUGGCAUCAAGUUAGAAAGUUGGAUAUUCACAACGAACGUUACAGAUUUUGACCCAUCUACAAAAGAAAGUUCCAUUAGUUGGCAUGAAGCAGAAACAGAAGUGUCACCUCACCCAAAAGCUGUGGAUCGAAUGCCAAACAUCCAUUCUAAAGUGCCUGUUCCAGGCAGUGGACGGUUGCCAGAUACUUCCAGCGUCGCUAAGAAGCUUCUGGAGUUUGAGUCCUCAAAAAUGAAGCCUGUCAUAAAAUCUGAUAAGGAUGAAGAACAAAACAAAAGUCAUCCAGAGCGUGUGUCUCCAAGUGAAAACAUCAACCAUAGAUUACCACUCUCCGGAAGUGGGGGCCUGUUGGAUAGUUCAAAAACUACGAUGACAGAGGAAACAUCUAAGGAAAGUAUCUCUGAAACUGGUGGGCCAGGAGUUAAAAGUGGGGAAAACACAAUAGAUGUCCCAGCAGACCCUUCAAAAACCAGAAAGCACAUAACCACAUUAGUAAAGGUAAAUAAGAUAGUAACUACCACAAAAAUAAAAGGUGCCGGUAGAGAAGAUGAUAAGUAUUUCCAUAAUGUGACAACAGUGGUGGAAGGCCUUGAUGGCACAACAAAAUCAGCAGCAAGAACUAAGAACCAAACCAGGGCAAUGGGACACCACAUGAAGUCAGUAAUUGAGAACCUACCAGAAAAGCUCUCUAUCUAUAAUGGAACAUUUAUUCAGCGUUUAGAGAGUUACCUCCGAGCUACCUCUUACCCACUAAAGGUCAACCAGACAGUGGAAUCUGUAGCCCAGGCAAUAUUUCUUUACUUGGUGAAAUGGAAGCCACACAGUUUUACAGGAAUGGUGUAUGAACGGCUUCCUCAAAAAACUCCAGGUGCCUCAGAGAACUCAGAACCCAUAGGGUCAUCACGACUGCAAGGCAAUAUGGGAAUACCGGUCAAUGAGAACAGAAUACCAAGCAAUACCUCUACUGGUAUUCAUCAGCCACAAGGGGGAUCUGUGUUGUUGACAAAACCGGACUCCGCAACGACCAUAUCCAUUGCUCCAAAUCUAAAAACUCUUGGAAGGGUGGAAGCAGUGGGGGAUAUAGCUACCCCUAUGAUUUUGACAGUAGGGAAACACAGUUCUACCUCUGAAGUUACAGAAGAAAAUCUGGAUGUCCGGGAUAAAGUCUCAAAAGAUCCAUCAAAAACGAUGAGUGAAGUAGAUCCAUCAAAAACUCUGCCUUCCAAACCUUUAGGAGAUAAAAGCAAAGUGUCACAAAAGAGGCUACCACCCCCAAAAAAGGCUACUGUACCAAAAGAAAAAAUGGAGCAGAAGGAGAAUGACAAGGGUGAAAAAAAUGUUGAGGAGGAAAAAAUGUCAACAGGGUCCCUUGACAAAGAAUAUGACAUAUCCUCGAGGAUAAGCAUUUUUGAAAUAUCUACUAUAAAACCCACAGAAAAGGUAAAAUCCAGCUCUACUACUCAUAGUGGAAACCUUAACAUUGAUGAGGAUGAAACACUAGAGCGUAGUACCCUACAAUCACAUCUGCACCAAAAUGUGAAACCAGAAUCUAGCACAGAGAUAUUUGCAAAGGGACUUCCAAAUUAUGAGAGCAAACUCAUAGACGAUAGAAUGGAAGAAGGGUCUGUAAUAUCCAGGAAACGGCCAACGUACCCUAGAAAGACAGACCCCAAUAGGCAGAGCCCAAAUCAUGAAACAGGUGAGGAAGAAAGAAUACACAAAGAACCAGUCAGUGGGAAUUUUCCAAAUAGAGAAAUCUCUCAUGUAAUUCAGGAAAAUUCAUUAGUGGUUAAAAAAAAUGUAGGGUCUGGUCAGGAGCAAGAUAAAGCUGGUCCCACAAGAAGCCCUGUUUCAGUGAAAGUACCAAGGCCUGGGACUCAUGGAAGACCCAGUAUCCUACAGAAAAAUACAACCAGUCUUGUGGUUUCAUUAGAAGGUCUUGGGCUUCUGUGGGACAAGGUCUUAAUCCGUUAUAGCCCAUGGCCAACAAUUGCUGGUAGCACUCCAAGCCAAAUAGAGGUGGAUAGAAGAGUCAGGCAGGUGGAAAUCAAGGAUUUGGCCCCGGGGACCAGCUACAGACUUGAUCUCCAUGGGAUGCUGAGGGGCCGCUCAUCCAAGUCCUUCUCACUGGUGGCUGACACAGCUCUGUUACACAGUACCGCACCACCCACACCACAACAAAUUACAGUGACCACGCAACCGCCGUCUCCAGGGGACUUCACCACGUCAAGUCCACCAGUUACAAAAAGACCCAUCAUACCUCCUUUGGGGGGCCUGCAAGUGCGAGAUGUGACAAGUGACACCGUCACAUUGGUGUGGAAGGCCAGGACUGGAGUCUUUGAAUCCUUCCUGAUCCGUUACGAGGAUGUGACUGAUAGUGCGGGACCAAAAGAGGUUUCCGUUCCCGGGGAUCAGCGAGAGAUGACGUUGCAGAACCUGAGCCAGAACACCAGAUAUGGGGUGUCAUUAUACGGCAUUCGGGGAGGGAAGCUAUCACGCCCACUCACAGAGGAGGUGACAACGGAUUCAUCACCAGACAGAGGCACGCCACCCCGCCUCUCCCCCCUGUCCGUAUCCGAAGUCCGGCCAGAUUCCUUCCGCCUGACGUGGGAGCCCCUGGAGGGAGAUUUUGAUGCAUUCAUACUUCAGUAUGGGCCCCCUGAGGGCCCGCUCCAAGAGGAAACCCUGAGGGGGGAUCAGACAUCUUGGCUCAUCACUGGGCUGGUUGCAGAAGUUAAUUACACAGUGGAGCUCCGGGGGAUUUGGGGGGAGAGUAACAGCGAGCCGGAGUUCAUCUAUGUUUUCACAGAAAAACCACAACCUCCUCGUCUGGAGUCCCUCUCACUGUCUGAUGUGCGCAGCGAUUCCGUCCAUCUGUCUUGGGAAGUGAAAGGUGGAGACUUUGAAUCGUUUCUACUCUACUAUCGGGAUGGGGAAGGGCGGCCGCAAGAAAUUACCCUGGAGGAGGACCUCAGGUCUUUUGAUGUGAAAAACCUAAAACCUGGGAAAAAAUAUAAAUUUGUCUUAUAUGGCAUAGACGGUGGAAAGAGAAGUAAACCAGUGACCGCUGAAACCACCACAGAGAAGUAUCUACCUCCGCAUCUCCAGUCCCUCUCUGUGUCCGAUGUCCACAGCGAGUCUGUCCGGCUGUCCUGGCUCGUAGAUGGAGGAGAAUUUGACUCAUUUCUUCUCCUGUACCGGAACGCAGACGGGAAACCCAUGGAGAUCAGUUUGGAUGGAGAGCAGCGUUCUCUGGCAGUUGAAGAUCUGAAGCCUGGGAAGAAGUAUAAGUUUAUUCUGUAUGGGAUUUCAGCAGGGAAGAAGAGCAAGGCCGUUAUAGCUGAAACCAGCACAGCCCCUAUUAAAGUUACUCCAUCACCGGUCCCUCGUCUAGUGGACCUGGUGUCUUCUGAAGUGACCAAGGAAUCUGUAAAGUUAUCAUGGAGAGUGGAAGGAAAUCUUCUAUUUGACUGGAUAAUAGUACAGUAUCGAGAUCCUGAAGGUGGAGUCAGGGAACUGCAGAUUGCCGGAGAAGACACCAGCACCGUUGUACAAGGACUCCUACCAUCUAGAAAGUAUGACUUCAGUGUGUAUGGUCUGAGAGGGGAGAAGAGAAGUAAACCUUUGUCCACUGAAAUUGAAACAGGUUUCCUGGAAGCCGUGGGUUCCCCCAUCCUUAAUGACCUCUACAUCUCUCCACAUGGCCCACACAACAUACAGCUUUCCUGGGAGGUUCCAGAAGGCACCUUUGAUUCUUUCACUGUUCGCUAUGGAAUCCAAGGUCAAGAUGGGUCCGUGAAGAAUAUGACGACUGCUGGGUCAGAACGAGCUCUUCUUCUCUCUGGCCUACAGCCGGACACCGUCUACACAGUUACAUUACACGGUGUCCAAGACCAAAAGGAACAUAGCAGUCUAGAAGGCACUGGAAAGACCGCUCCUCUAGAUCUGGAAUCCCCCAGGAACCUCAAAUUUAGUAAUGUGGAGGAAACUUCAGCUACCGUGAGCUGGGAACCCCCAAGCCCUGACACAACCACUUUCAAAGUGUCCUACCAACUAGCUGAUGGAGGAGAACCUGAAAGUGUCAAUGUGGUUGGAACCAGCACCCCAUUGAAGGGCCUGAUCCCCGGAACUCACUAUGAGGUCACUGUGGUUACAGUGCGGGGAUUUGAAGAAAGUCAACCUCUGACAGACUUUUUCACCACAGUUGGAGGUGGACCCCGCUCUUUGCGUGCACAUGAUGUGACUGAAGUAUCGGCUCUUCUACGCUGGGAACCAUCUAGAGGACUUGUGGACAGAUAUUUAGUGACAUACAGAGCAGAAAACAUACCCUUAGUCACCUUAGUGGUUCCUGGUGACAGAACUGAGCUGCCUCUCGCUGGGUUACAUCCGCACACUGAGUACUUUGUGAGUGUGCAAAGUUCACAAGGAUCCAUGACCAGCACACCGACAUCCACCUCUUUCACCACCAGUGCUGACACUCCAAGGGACCUCUCCGCCAGCCAAAUCACAGCUCGUAGCUGUCUGCUCACAUGGAAAGCACCGGAUGCUGUGCCUGAUGGGUACCUGCUCACCUAUCAAACGCCGCAGGGUGAAAUGAAGGAGAUCCAUCUGUUGCCCCAUCUGUACUCCUUCACAAUGAGCCAGCUCAAUCCUAUCACUCAGUAUCGAGUUCAGCUCCACGCACUGCGUAAUGGAGCCAGUUCUGCCCCUAUCUCCACCUCUUUUACCACAGGCCGUCUAAGGUUCCCAUAUCCUCGGGACUGUUGGGAGCAGCGGAUGAAUGGAGAGGUGCAGAACGGAACCUUCUCCAUAUAUCUCAGCGGCGACAAGGAGAAGACGCUGACAGUAUAUUGUGAUAUGGAGACGGAUGGCGGCGGCUGGAUUGUGUUUCAGAGGAGGAUGGAUGGGAGCACAGAGUUCUACCGGGACUGGGAAGAUUAUAGGAAUGGAUUUGGUAACCUGACCUCUGAGUUCUGGCUGGGCAACAUCGCACUGCACCAGAUCUCCUCAUCGGCACCCCACGAGCUGCGCGUGGACCUCCGGGCUGGAGAAGAGGCCGCCUAUGCGGUGUAUGAUGAUUUUCGUGUUGAGGAUGAAAGACAGCACUUUAGGCUGCGGCUGGGGCAGUACCGAGGAAAUGCAGGUGACUCCAUGAACUACCACAACAACAUGGUCUUCUCCACCCGUGACCGAGACACCCAGAAGAGGAUUCUGCCAUGCGCCAUGUCCUAUCGGGGAGCAUGGUGGUACCGAAACUGUCACUAUGCCAAUUUAAAUGGGAUGUACUCCAACAACAAGGACCAUCAGGGCGUAAACUGGUACACAUGGAAAGGUUUCGAGUUUUCCAUCCCCUUCACCGAGAUGAAAAUGCGCCCACGUAGAGCGGGCAACCAACGCCGCCUAUAGAGCACCCAUAGUCUGGAACCACUAAACUGAUAACUGGAAGAAAUGUGGCACCUCCCGCAGCACGAUCGCAACGUCUGUCCUGCCAAGACGGGCACAGAGGUGGAAAACCAGACCUGCCAAAUCUGAACUUUCUUUACAACUGAAUAAACUAUAAUAUAUUUUCAUUUUUUGUUUUUUUAGUCAAGAUUUAGGGGAAAAGAUUGCAGAAUGGAGAGACCUGAAUGUAAGACAGGACACUAGAUCCUUAUACUAAAGAACUCUUUAUAGCAUGUGGGCACAGAUGAUGAAGAGCAGAUAGAACAAACACCUAGGCCCAGAGUGGACGUUAAGGAAAGGGUUAAGAAGCAGAAAUCUAGAACAUCAUCAGUAAUCUAAGAUCUAAUGCAAACUACAAGCUAUCGAGAAAAACAGGUUUAAGCUGAAUGUCUAGUAGAGCAACGUAGUAGAAAGUAAAAAACACAAAAAAGAAGAGAUAUCGAAAUUGAGGGUAUAUGUAGAUAUCGUCUAAAUCCAGAAUAUAGAGAUUAAAAAUAAUAAUAAUUUAACAGGUUGGUUUGAACAUAUCAGAAAUUAAAAAUAUAAAAACUCUGGAGGGGGGAAAAAUUAACAAAACCAACCUGACGAAAUAAAAUAAGCAGCCGUAUUGUCAUCGGGAAAAGUGCGAGAAGGGACUGCACCCUCAGAUCGAGGGGAAGGGGUAAGAGGUGCGCGUCACAGGGGCAAUGAGGAAAGAGCAGCAGAAUUAGGGCGCCUGUUUUACCCUAUACUCGCCACCAGUAUAUAAAUAUAUAUAUAUUUAGCAAAUGGAUACACUGUCUAUUUUUAUAAAAGCACAGCAUUGGAAGGGGCAUAAAGGGAGGGGAGAGACGGUGGAUGUCUAUUCUGUAAACCGCUUCAAAUAAAAUCUGAUGGGACAUGA